AUGGGGAGCAUCGACCGGGGGAGCACGGGCUAUGGGGAGCAUCGACCGGGGGAGCACCGGCCGGAGGAGCACGGGCUGGGGGAGCACCAGCCGGGGGGACUGGCCCCGAGGGGGAGCACCGAGCAGGAGAGCACCGAGCAGGGGAGCAUCGGCAGGGGGAGCACGGGCUAUGGGGAGCACCGACCGGGGGAGCACCGACCGGAGGGGCACAGGCUGGGGGAGCACCGGCAGGGGAGCAUCGGCCGGGGGAGCACGAGCCGGGGGAGCACGGGACAGGGGGAGCAUCGACCGGGGGAGCACGGGCCGGGGGAGUACCGACUGGGGGGACUGGCCCCGAGGGGGAGCACCGGCCAGGGGAAAACUGACUGGGGGAGCAUCGACAGGUGGAGCAAAGGCCGGAGGAGCACCGACCGGGGGAGCAGGGGCCAGGGGGAGCACGGGCAGGGGGAGCACCGACCGGGGGAGCACGGGCCGGGGGGAUUGUCCCCGAGGGGGAGCACCGGCCAGGGGAAAACCGAUCGGGAGAGCAUCGACAGGUGGAGCACGGGCCGGGGGAGCACGGGCCGGGGGAGCACCGACCGGGGGAAAACCGUCCGGGGGAGCACCGCCCGGGGAAGCAGGAGCCACGGCCAAGGGAGAGGCGUCCGAGCGGGCGGAGGCCGAGCCUCCAGGCCCGACGCCGCCCGCGUUGAAAACGUCGGGGGCCGUCAGGCGGUCAGCCGAGGGAGGCGGCCAGGCGGCGGGACGGACGGAGCCCGGGAGCCGGGGCCACGGCAGCCGCAGCCCGCCCGGACCCAACGGCUCUACCGGCGCCCGCCAGCCCCGGAGCCCUCACCACACCCCAGGAGCCCCGGCCCCCACCGCUCCUCCCGGAGGAGCCUUGACUGGACCUCGAGGAGCCCCGACCGCUCCUCCAGGAGCCCGGACCCGCCCCGGAGGAGUCCCGUCCGGCCCCCGAGGAGUCCCGUCCUGCCUCCGAGGAGUCCUGUCCUGCCUCCGAGGAGCCCCGUCCUGCCUCCAGGAGCCCCGACCGGUCCCCAGGAGCCCCGACCGGUCCUCCAGGAGCCCCGACCGGUCCUCCAGAAGCCCCGACCGGCCUCCGGGAGCCCCGACCGGUCCUUGACGACCCCCUGA